CGCUCCUCAUAAUAACUAUCCAAAAUGCCAUCGUGUGUAUUUAGAAAGUGUACCAAUUACGAUACCAAAGUUAAUAAAACACAAGGGAUCUCAUACCACAUGUUUCCGACUUCUGAGAUUCAGCUUCAAGAAUGGAUCGCAAUUGUUCGUAAACAAAGAAGUGAAUGCAGUUGGACGCCUUCAAAAAGUAGUAGAAUUUGUAGCAAUCAUUUCAAAGCUACCGAUAAAUAUUCGUCAAACAAAGGUCGUACACUUCUCAAAAAGAACGCUGUUCCCGUUAUAGAGGAAAACAUUAAUAUAAAUAUUAAAAACUCCCCGACAAGUCUUGACAAUGUCAGCGUACAGGAUAUGGAAGAUAUUUUUGAAACACCCAGAAAAGCAGCACUUAAAAAACGCGUACGUGAAUUAACAUGCAAGACAAAACUGUUGCAGAAAAAAAACAAAGUCCUAGUUCAACAAAAUAAAAGACUGAAGAAACGUGUUACCAACAUAGCCUUGAUAUUGAAAGAUUUAAAGAAAAAAGAUUACAUUCCGAAAGAACAGCUUACUCAACUACUAAACUAUUUACUAUUAAAAUGCUCUCUAAGAGACAAAAAAUAA